AGAGCCGAGUCAACUGUUUACAAGUUUGAAAUAAGAAAUCACUAAGAAAUAAUUUUGUGCAAGAAAAACAUAAUACGAACGUCCCAUCAAACUCUGAACCUGCGAUUUCAAUGCCAAUUAACAGUGCCUAAAAAUUAUGGAGAUUGGGAAACUCGACUGUCUUUAAAAAAAAUCUUGUCCAGUAUUUGGAACUUUCGUGUUGUUGGUAAAUAAUUCAACAAACUCGUACUCACUUUCCUGUGUUAACCAAUAAACUGGAACCAAUGGACAAGUUGGAUAUGGUAAAUGCUCCGCAGUGGGCAGAUUUUGAUGCAAGCGUCAGAUCAGAUAUCGAUGAAUAUUUCAAUGUGUUGCACGAGGAUUUGGAACCUGAACAAUUGGGGGAUCUGCAAUAUCACAGUUGUCCGGGUACUCCAAAUGGCAAGAACCCUAAUGCAGAAUCUCCUUACAAAACACCAAAAUCUGAUUCUUCAAGAUCGAGUCAAGAAUUAUCCAGCUAUUUACAAAAUCUACAGACAAAGGGAGACAAAAGUUUACUCAAAAGUAAAAUGUCAAUCACACCGAGAACUUAUGUCCUCAAGAAGGCUUGUUCGAGGAUGACAAGAUCGUUGUCCCAGCAAAUUGACGUGGAUGAAUCUGCAAAGAGUAGCGAAACACCGAAGAAAGAUUUAACCAACGUUGACCAAGGAAACUCUGAAUAUUGUGAAAAUAUGAUCAAACAUAUGGAAAGUUCUGAAAAUUCAGAAAGCAUGGAUAAUGGCGAGGAGGAAAUGUAUGAUCACAAUCGUACUCUCGUUGCGACAGAGGAAAGUAAUAAAAAUUUGUCCGAAGGAUGUGAUUUUAAUGAUUGCAACGAAAUCUGUACUCAGUCUUUGAGCGAAGCAAUUGGAAAAGCUGAACAUUGCAUCGUGGAGACAAAAAAUAGUGGAACAGAGUCGGUACUUGAAGAACCAAAAGAUUCGGUGGUCCCGAUUGUUGAUUCAAACUCUGAAAUACCCAAAGAGAUUAGUCUGUCUCAGGAAGAACCUGAAAAAAUACAACGAGCAAAUGAAUCUAAAGUCAAAUCGGUCAAGUUGCAGAGUCUUGCGAAUCAUCGGAAACCUGUAAUUCUGAAUAAUCGUAAAAAUCCGCGGAGCAAACCGACUGUUCUCACGUCUCAUGCCCGACGCCAAAGUACGUCGAAAUACAGACGUGUAUCGAACAAGUACAUCAGUCUCGCAGAAGCUGUAUCCAAAUUCCAGAACGGAACACCUGAGCGUUUUCGUUCUGCUAACAGAAAAGACGGUAAGGGCUCAAACGCGCCUGGGCCAGUGCAAAAAGUUAAGAAAACUGCGCUCAAAGUUACAUGCGCAAUUUCGCCUGUGCUGCGAUGCAAAUAUCGUUCUAGAGCCACUUCCGUACCGAAUCAAGGAGAAUGUGCGACAUUGGAAGUCAAGGAAAUUCAUAGAAAUCAAACAAAGUCCAAUCCUAUCAAGCAGCUGGUCCCAAAUAAUCAGAAAAACUUGAAAACAACUUCAACCGUAUCAGAGUUGAAAACGAAACUUAAGAAAAUCACAAUUGAUGAUUCAAUUAAAAUAGCUGACAAAAAACUAGCUACAGAUUCCGAAGCUUUGAAAUCAACCCAGACCACGACUAUCAAUAAUGGACCAAAAGUUUUGAAAAAAAUGGGCGAGCUCACGAAGAACGACAGCAAUUUAUCAUCGAGACCGAAAAUCGCUAUGAACCCUCAGAAAAUUGGGGAAAAGGUAAAAAAAACCUCGUCCAUCGCGGAUCCAUCACCAUCGUUGCGCAGAACAAUGAUGAACCCUCCAAAAAUUGGGGAAUCAAUGAAAAAAUCGUCAUCCAUCGCGGACCCUCCGUCGUCGCAUAAAACGAUGAUGAAUCCUCCAAAAACUGAGGCACCAAUUAAGAAAUCAUCGUACAUCGCGGGCCCUCUGUCGUCGCGUAGGACGAUGAUGAAUCCUCCAAAAGCUGGGGAAGCAAUGAAGAAAUCAUUGUCCUCCACGGAUCCUCUCUCGUCGCGUAGGACGCUGAUGAAUCCUCCCAAAGGAGUACCAGCACCGAUAAAAAUAGAAGAGCCAACAAAAAAUUCGAGCGUAUUAUCCUCGGAUCGAGAGACAAUGAUGAAUCCUCCAAAAGCUCCGCUCCAAAAUAGUGGUAAAUCAACAAAGAUGCGCGCCCCUGCCCCAUUAAAAGUAUCGUUGGAUCCACCGGCAGUGGUCAAAAAAUUCGACAACGAGCUAAAACCACACGCAGCAGAAUCGUUCUUGGAUAAAACGAGUACCGAAAACAUCCUUUCGACCACGAUACUAACAGAAUCAAUGCGAAAAAAGACACCUUGCAAGAAAAAAGUUCAAACUGUUAUCUCAACUGACAACGGCGCCUCCAUCAAAGACGAGGAAAUAUCACACUUUGGCAUACCCGUUGGCAACGCUUAUAAGAAAAUCACUGAAGCGGUUCCUUUCAAUUUCGAAUCGCACAAGAAGCAGCAAGGCCAAAUGAGAAAAGAUCCACCGAGAAACCGGCAGAAUGGGGAGGAGAAGAAGACAAAAACAUUCCACGCGAGGCCAGUUCCGUCGUACGUAAUUAAUCCGUCACCAAAUCUUCCGAAGCAUCCGAGCAAGCCUCCCGUAAUGGCCGAUGCACCUUUCAGUUUUCAACAGAGGGACGAAAAUUUAUUGAAAAAAAAGAAAGAAAUGUUCGAUCAAAUGAUCGAACGGGAGAAAAAAAAUCGCGUUUUCCACGCAAGACCAGCACCGAAAUUCAAACCGGUAUUUGUACGCGGUGCCUCUUCGGAAAAUCUUCGAACGAACAAGGCCGCUGAAACCCAAACAAAAUUGUCAAGCGAAACAAGGCGACGGGGCUUGAGUCAGGAUGCGAUUGCUGAUGACCGUGAAAAUACUGAACCAAACAUCGUUGCAAACAACCAACCAUUCCCAAAGUUGAAAAUUCCACUCACUACGACCUUGAAUCGUAAAUUCAAGAAGAUACCCGUCUCAUGAAAAAUCUGAAUAUUAUAUUAUAUGCACGAAUAUGCAUUCGACAUUAACUGAACCGCGAAGAUAAAUAGACUAUGGAUUUUUGUCAAUUAACCAAUAUUCGACGAAAAUAAACUUUAAACAAUAUCAACCAAUAUUCUUUAAAAAUGUGAUUGAAAAAUGAAUGAAUGAUAUGAAUGAAGUAGCACCCACUAAUGAAACGUUUCACUAUUUUAAUACAGAUAUUGAUGGCUUUUAAAAAUAUUAACUAAAAAAUGUGAUGGGAUGAAUUUAAAUAUGAAAACAAAUCGAUACGAUAUUAGGUAAUAAGCGUGAUUAUAUGUAAACUUCUUGUAAAUUUAUAUUUUUAUUUUCUUGAUCCCUGAGUAAAAACAAAAGGAAAAAAGUAAAGGAUUUCGAUGGGCAAAUUAAAUGAAGAAAUGGA